AUGACAAUACCAAGUGCUGAGGAUGAGGAACAACGGGAAAUCUCACACUUUGUUGUUGGCACGGUACAAAAUGGAGAGAUUCCACAAAAGAAUCUGGAUGUCACGAAGGAGGCAACGGUUCAGGCAGAGGAAGCGGCUGCUGAAAUGGCUAGGAAGCUGGAGAAGCAGGAAAAGAAAUGGUUAAAGCAGCAGAAGAAAUGGCUGGCCGCCCUCACCCUCGCAUCUUUGGAAAACAGCAAUAGUACCCUAGAGGAGUGUGAGGAGACAAGGGAAAGACCCAAAAAGAAGAAAAAGCAAAAGGCCCAGGAGACUCCAUGGGAAAAUGGAAUGGAAGACCCAUCUGUCUCUGUCUCCAAACCCAAGAAAAAGAAAUCUCUUUCCAAGGAGGAACUGGUUAGUAUCGAUCCUGAAGAGACAGCUGGCAGUGUAAGACUUCCCGAGAGGAAGAAAUCUUUCCCCAAAGAGGAACCAGUUAGUGACACUGAAGAGGCAGGAAACAGGAACAUCCCCAACAAAAAAAGGAAAUUCUCUUCCAAGGAAGAGCCACUCAGCAGGGGACCUGAAGAGGCUGCUAGCAGCAACAGUAGCCUCCAAAAAAAGAAAGAGCUCCAGAAGCUAUCCCAGGAAGAUCAGAAUGGACAUUUACCUGGUGGGCAUAACCCAAAUGACAUUUCCCAAGCCAUGCUUUAUAUCCCAAUAAAAACAAAUUCACAAGGAAAAAAAAAUCAGAAUAGCAGCAGAACCAACGACAAAACAAUAGAGAAUUUCCCUGAGUUCAACUACGUAUUUAUGUAA